AUGUCGCGCCAACUCAUUUCCAGCGAGAAGUUCCCUCCUAAGCCCCACAACUGUCCGGCCACCAAGGUCCCUGGGCUAGUCUUCUGCGCUGGACAAACCGCUACUGGCGAGAUUAAACAGGCAACAAGGACUGUUCUUCAGAACCUGAAGGAGGUGCUCGAGCUCGCCGGCUCGUCACUUGAGCAGGUUGUCAAGUACAAUGUCUACCUCGCUGAUAUGAAAGAUUUUGCUGCUAUGAACGAGGUGUACAUUGAGUUCCUGCCCAAGCCUAUGCCUUCACGCUCGUGCCUGCAGGCUCUUCCUCCUGGUGACGGUACCGUUAUUGAGAUUGAAUGCAUUGCGCAGGCUUAG